AUGGCUCGGAAGCAGCAGCAGCAGCAGCAGCAGCAGCAGCAACUGCAGCAGCAGCAGCAGCGAGCGCAGCCGCAGCAGCAGCUAGAGACAAUAAGCCACAGCAGCAGAAGCCAACAAAAGAAGCAGUUUCAAUUCAAGGCUUCGCUGCUCUCUCCCUUCGUUGCCCCAUGGUCUUCUGGGAUUCGUAUUCGCGCAGCAGCAGCCAUUGGCUUUAAUGCAUGCGCUGCUAUUUUGGAGCAGCAAGCUGCUGCUGCAGCAGGAUCUGCAGCAGCAGCAGCAACAGGAUCUGCAGCAGCAGCAGCAGCACCAGCAGCAAGCGAUGGAGAUGCUGCACGUCCUGCUGCAGCACCUACUGCACGCGAGUGCGAGGCAGCAACAGGGGGUGUAGCAGGAGGAGCAGCAGGCGGCGCAGCAGCAGCACCAGCACCAGCACAAACUGCAGCAGCAGCACAACCUGCAGCAGCAGAACUUGCUGCUCUGAUCUGCGUUUGCUGCUCUCCAGUUGAUGGGGGCCUCCGGGCGUCGGGGCUGCAGCAGCUGCUGCUGCUGGCGUCAUUUCUUAAUAUACCCGCUGUUCUCCUACGCAACAACGAAUGCAAACGGCGGAUUGCUGCUGCUGUCGGUUUGCCUACAACUUUGGCUGUUGGAGUGUAUACGCAGCUGCAGCAGCAGCACAGCUGCUGCAGAGCUGCAGCAAAGAAGCUGCUGCAGCAGCAGCAAGCUUUGCUGCGGACCAGCAGCAGCAGCAUCAGCAUGAGCAACGUAGGCGCUAAAGAGGGAUUAGAGGGCGCAGGUGGCGCAGCAGCAGCAGCAGCAGCAGCAGCAGCAGCAGCAGAUUUUGCUUCCCUAGACAACAGCUACAACAAUGCUGCCUCCUCUGAGCAGCAGCAGCAGCAGCAGCAACAGACAGUGUUGGAGGAGCAGCAAGCCCUAAUAAAUGCAGUCGCGAAGUACGGGCCUCCGCAGCAACUGCCCUUCAUGCUGCUGCAGCGGCAGCAGCAGCAGCAGCAGCAGCAGCAAGUGCUGCAGCUGCUGCCUCCCCGUGUGCUGGCGUUUGCUGCAGCAUAUCGCCCUAAAGAAAGCAAAGUAGGGACGAAUAGAAGACAACGCAGAGCAGCAAGAAAAAACAAACGCAGAGCUCAAAGGCAGCAGCAGCAGCAAGCUGCUGCUGCUGCUGCUGCUUCUGCUGCUUCUGCUGCUUCUGCUGCUGCUGCUGUUGCUCCUGUACUGGAUGGUGGAAGACCUGCAGAACCUGCAGCUCCUACAACCGCAGCAACUUCUGCUGCAGCAGUAACUGCUGGUGCAACAACAACUGCUGCAGCAGAGCCUCCACCUGCUGCAGCAACAGACCCAACCGCUGCAUCGGCACCAGCAGGUGGUGCUGCAGCAGUUGCUGCAGCACCUGCUGCAGAAGCACCUGCCGCAGAAGCACCUCCUGCUGCAGCACCUGCUACAGCAACUGCUGCAGCACCUGCUGGAGAAGCACCUGCUGCUGCAGCACCUGCUGGAGAAGCACCUGCUUCUGCAGCACUACCUGCUGCUAGUGCUGAUAUUGCUGCGGCACUGGUUGCUGCUGCGGCUGCUCCUGAGGCAGCAGGCGGUGGCUCCUGA